GAGCAAAUGUUGUCUUAAUAAGCUGGAUAAGAGCUAGAUGAGUGUGCAGAUCCAUCAUAUCAAUACUUGAGCUCUGUUAGCUCUGUCGAUGGUCAUGAUGGGAGAUCUCUGGGCUUAUUUUGGGAAUUAAUGUGAUCAUGCAAUCCUGCUUUAACAAGGACUGACCAGGAUCCAGGAGAGUUUGGAAGGGCGAAUAAAAUGGGGAAUCGACUGAUACAAAAGCUGUUUUUGGGGGCGUCUGUGAUUUGCAUCAUGGGUUUCUACUGUUUGACAACAUCAACCCUCCACGCCACACACAGAGUUACUCUGGCCCCUUGUGCACCAAAAGUGCGUAACAAUUCACAGCGAACUCUCAAAGCAGACGCGACCUGCACGCCUAAAGUCAACCUGAUGUUCAUGAAGACCCACAAGACGGCCAGCAGCACUUUGAUGAACGUUCUCCUGCGCUUCGGAGAAAAGCACCAGCUGAGGUUCGCUCUCCCAGACGGCCGUAACGACUUCUUCUACCCAUCGAGCUUCUUCCGAACCCAAGUGAAGAGUUACCAGCCGGGCCUGUGCUAUAACAUCGUGUGCAACCACAUGCGAUUCAAUGCACCCGAAGUGGAGAAGCUGCUCCCGGCGGAUGCCUUCUUCUUCACCAUCCUACGAGAUCCCGCACAGCUUUCUGAGUCUUCCUUCCACUACUACAAAGCCUACGUGCCUCAAACGUGGAGAAUCCCUGGAGGAAACCAAUUGGAGGAGUUUCUCAAUGAUCCAAGCCGCUACUUCAACCCACAGGGAAUCAACGCUUUCUACCUCAAGAAUCUACAGUUUUUCGACUUCGGCUUCGAGAAUAAUUUGGAAGCUGAUGACGUGAGAGUCCAAGAAAGCAUCGAGUUCAUCGAAAAGCGCUUUCAGUUGGUUUUAAUUUCGGACCACUUCGAGGAAUCGCUCAUUCUGCUGAAAGACGCUCUGUGCUGGCAGAUGGACGACUUGCUGUUUUUUAAACUCAAUGCUAGAAAUGUCACGUCUGUGUCUCCCAUGAGCCCUGAACUGAGGACUCGAGCUCGGGAAUGGAACGGAGCCGACUGGCGACUUUAUCGGCAUUUUAACGCCACUUUCUGGGCGCUCGUGGAGAACUACGGCCGGAGCCGAAUGGAGGAGCAGGUGAGGGAGCUGCGCAGGAGAAACGCAGAGAUGGAGGCCAUCUGCAUUGACGGCGGAGGAGCCGUGGAGGCGGGGGACAUCACAGAUGGACACAUGAAGCCCUGGCAGCCCAUCGGAAAAGCUUCCAUACUAGGAUACAACCUGAGGAGUGACAUCGAGCGACAGUAUGAGGAGCUCUGCAGGAAGAUGCUGACCCCCGAGAUCCAGUAUCUGACUGAUUUAGGAGUCAAUCUAUGGGUCACUAGGUUAUGGGGCUGGUUUAAGGAUAGUGUUGUUCAGUUUGGGUUGAGUUAGUGUAAUUGCUUCAUAUAUGUUGGCAGUGUUCACUUGUUGGACUUACAUUAACAUUACACUCUUAAAAAUACAAGUGCUUAAAAGGUUCUUCACAGCGAUGCCACAGAAGAAGCAU